AUGGUCGGCCGACUCGCCGGGAAGAAUGCGAUCGUCACCGGUGCUGCUGGUGGCAUCGGCCUCGAAACCACAAUCCUGAUGCUCCGCGAAGGAGCCUCCGUCCUAAUGACCGACAUCAGCGCCCCUGGACUCGAGCGCGCCCUUGCAAAAGUCAACACCGUCGUUCCCACGCACGACGGAAAGAUCGAAUACCGCGUCGUCGAUGUCUCCAAGGAAGAUGAUGUCGAAGGUGCCAUUGCACAUCUAGAUUCGUGGGGUGGACUCGAUGUCCUGUUUAACAAUGCAGGGAUCAUGCACGCCCAGGAUGGAGAUGCCGAGCAGACGAGUGAAAGUAUUUGGGACCUCACGAUGAAUAUUAAUGUUAAAGGCGUGUGGUAUGGAUGUAAACACGCCGUCAAGAGCUUCAGGAAAAACGGUAAAAGCAAAGGCAGCGUUAUUAACACGGCGAGCAUGGUUGCGCUUGUGGGCGCCGCGACGCCGCAGUUGGCGUAUACAGCGAGCAAGGGCGCUGUCCUAGCCUUGACGAGGGAGCUGGCAAUCGUACAUGCGCGCGAAGGCUUCCGAUUUAAUUCGCUAUGUCCGGCGCCUCUCAACACUCCUCUCCUGCAGGACUGGCUCGGCGAUGACAAGGAAAAGCGCUUUCGGCGGGAGGUCCAUUUCCCGACCGGUCGGUUUGGAGAGGCCAUUGAACAGGCCCAUGCGGUUGUAUUUUUGGCCAGUGACGAAAGCAGCUUCGUCAAUGCCGCGGACUUUGUUGUUGAUGGUGGUCUCACCAAGGCGUAUGUCACCCCUGAAGGGCCCGCGACGAAGGCUCCACAGAACUUGGGCAGUGCAUAG